GGAAAAAAGCGAAGCGACAUCAUCGUCAAGCGCGACCUGUAAGUCCGGGCUACAGUACUGACAGUAACUACGGUACUGCUGAUAUACCACACAAGCCAUAUCCUAAAUCACAACGGCGGAAACAGCUCGUAGAACAUGGUAAACUAAGAAAGAAGGGAGAUAACUCUAGCAGCAAGGAAGAUAGCUCUAACACGGUAGAAACAACUAAUGAAAUUCCCUCCCCUGAUACUAAAAAUGGGUCAGAAAAACACGGGUACAUCAACCCAUUGCCAGCCAGCCCUGCGAAGUCAGGAAAGUCAGAAAUUCCCUCCCUUUACAGGAGCCAUAGAUCACCAGGAGGAGGCACUGGACAGGAAGUUCAACAAAAUUCUGGGAAUUCUGGAAACAAAUUAGGGAUGUUUAAUUUUGGAGAUGAUAUUCCAGUUGUCUGAUAGAGACAGUGUUUUAGACACGAGGAGAAAAUACUCAACAGUUUUCACCAUAAGAGAUUUGCAACUCAGUUUCUGGUUCAAAAAAUUAACUGGGCAAACUCAACACUUGUGGAAUCAUGGGAUUGAAUAAGGGAGAUAACCAUUGACAAUAUUUCAUGGAGGAAUGAAAAUGGAGUUAUCCUUCUCAAUAGUCAGCAAAUUGUACAUGUAUGAGAUAUAGGAGGAGUGAAAAUAUACUGGAGUGUACUCAUGAAAUGAUGUUUGUAAAUGUGUAAAUGGUCCAAGUGUUUUAUGAAAAAAUGGCAUAUAUGACAAAAAAGGUGUUAAGUUCCAGUUUUGGACAUUGUAAAAAAACCAAAGAGAAUAAAAGUCAUAUUAUUAAUAAUUUAUUUAAUGGACAAUUAAAGAGAAAUCCUGCCAAAUACCAAAAAAGACAUGUAAUAUUAGAGUAUUAUAACAUAUUGUCGUAUAGAAAUCCUGAGUGUUUGUGUAAUGUGGGUCGGCGUGCUCUAUAAGGUUGUGUUAUAGAACUUUUACGAAGGACUAUAGAACAUUACGGGUUUCACAUUUUGCUGUAACUCAAUUGCUUAGGGUAAAAGUUGUAUUUGCUUGUCUGCUAAUGAGGUUUUCAGCUAGGAGUUGUACAUUUUUGUGAAAAAUUAAAUGUAUUGUGUAAGACAAUGAUGUAUUUUGAAUACAAACGUGGUAAGGAAAAGUGAUUUUACCAGCUUGGCCUCAUUUGCUGGGGUGCUGUGCUUCACUUUGGGUGUAGCUACAUUGCAGACGGCUAUUCCUAGUUGCAGACGGCAAGUUGGUUGCAAAAAAGAACAAUGGCUGGCAUGGUGAACAUGGUGACUUUUUCUUAGAUAAGUCGCAUGUUUGUACACGGUACCAAGAAAGCCACAUUGGUAGUUGAAGGUAUGGUUUGACGGGAUAAUUUAUGUUUGCCGGAGAAGAAAAAAACUUGGAUAACUGUGAUACUGGAAUGGUUGCCGAGCAACCAUUUUAGAUAAGUGUAUGUAAAAACUUUUUAAAUGUUUGUUUUAUGAAGAAGCUGAAAAUGUGCUAAAAUUUGCUAGUAUAUGAUUUGUGGACCUUUGUGAAUCUUUGUUUGUCAUAACAUUGUUAUUGAAUUGUAUUUUAGACAAUAUUCAGCAUUGCUUCCUGUACCCUGCUUUCCCUAUAGCAUUAAUUAGGUUAUUCCAGUUUCAUGAGCUGGAAUAUUCUAUUUUGAAAUAUUAGGGCGGAUAAGUGUAGAUUUGUAAAACUAAAUGUAAGCAGUUAUUUUGCUGUAAUGCUGUUCUCAAACCAGAUAAGAAAACAGACUCUGUAUUCAGUACUAUUGUAAUUAAUUGAAUAUUAAAUUUAUAAACAUUAAACUUCGGAGAACUUUCAUUGAAUUUUUGUCUUAUUUUUUAGAUCCAAGUUUUGUUGGAACUGAUUUAUAUGGACGGUAAAUUAAUAUAGUUAUAUUUUAUAACAAGUCCAGUUAUUUUUGACGACUUUGAGUAUUCAUUUCACUUCAGUAAACAUUAAAUAUGUUCAUACUUCAAGUUUUCCUUACGUGUAAACAAAAGAUACUUUCAAAUUUUGUAUAACACAGGUCCAAGAAAAUAUCUGAAGCUUUAAAAGUUAUUAAAUGAGUUCAAGACAAGUCAGCUAUUGGUCAUUUUCAAAGUUUUAGAUUAAAUGUCAACCAAUCAGAUGCUGGAUGGAGUCAUUAGACUUCUUACCUGGUAUUGAUAUAUAGAACAUAGGAUCUUUACAAAAAAUCAGCAUUUUAGAGGACAAAGUUAGACUUGUUAAUAAAAACACUCGUAAAAUUUAGUUUCACAGUGUAGGUUCAAGUGAAAAGAUCUGCUCAAUUAAUUUUUCUUUCAGUUUUUAGCACUCUUAUUCUAAUAUAAGCCUUGGGAAGAAAUCUCAGCCUGUGUUAUUUUUGAAAUCUUUAUCCAUUUUCACUUCUGCUGAUCGUUAUUUUUUUGAAUACCCUGAAAUGCUGCUGAUAGUUAAAUCUUAGCAUUAUUUUAUGACAUACUCAUAUUAUCAGUGUACAUAGACUUUCUUUGGAGAGAAAAUAUACUAAUAUUGGUAUUCAUUUUUUCAUACUCAUUUCUUACUGCGUUUCUAUACCAUUUUAAGGGAAAACGCAUCCCACUACUAAAAUAUAAAAGCAGAAAUGCAGAAAUUAAUGAUAUUUUUCCAGAUUUAAAUUUAUAGAUAAAAUGGCAUUUGAUUCAUAUAUUUGAUAGCUAUAUUAUUUUUUUUAUUGCGUCAUAUUUUAGAAUAGAAAGAAAUGAUUUAAUGUUCCCUCAUGGCCAUAUUUGAAAAAAAAGAAGAUUUUCUUAAUCAUUCCCUUUUAAGAAAUAAUUUUCAAGUGCCGUCUUUGUCUUUUUUGGCAACAAAGUGAUUUAAUGUAUACCUAAUUUUAAGUGUUUUCUUGGCCUUCCUUGAUGCAGAAAUGGUGAAACAAAAUUUAAAGUUUUGCUUGGCCUUUGUUGAAAAAAGAAAUGUUACAAAGCUAAUUUUAAGAUUUUUCAUGGCUCUUUUUGACAAAAAAAUACUAGUAAUAUGUUUUGUUUUGACAAAGAAGUAAUGCAUACCAGAUUUCAAAUGUUGUUUUUGACCUUUUAAACCAAGAUGGAAGCUGUGUUCAUUUUGUCUUUUUUCUAAAAAAGAAGCUAUGUAAACCAGAUUUUACCGUAAGUUUUGUCUUGGCCUUUUUUUUAAACAAGGAAAUUAUUUUUUUUAAAGCCUAUGUUUCACUUGAUCUUUACUGAUAUCAUAUACAUUGACUGAUAAAUGUUGAGAUUAUUGGAGAAAAAUCAGUUCAAUUUGCUUAAUGUGCAAUAUAUGUAUAUACUAGACCUAGAUACCUGUGAACAUUUUUUGUUAAUUUAUCAGAAAAUAUAGGGAUAUAUGAUAGCUAUUUUUAAUGGUUAUAAAAAUCAUUAUGGUACGAAUGGAUGAUUUUGUUUUUUGCUGUUUCAGUUCUUUUUUGUUAGUUGAAUAAAUGGAGAGGAGUGAAUUUGUUAAGUCUUAGUGAAAUUGGUAAGUCUAGUAUGUGGAAAUUAGUUAUGGUGAAGUAUGUUUGUAAAAAUCCUGCUUGCUUGUGGUCAUAAUUGGCAGGUGGGCUUUAGUCACAGAAUAGAAUAUGCCAAGAAUGUUUCAAUUAGAAAUGAGAUUAAGUGGCCUUUAGAGCCAGGUGGUUGCUGCUAAGAGAUGGUUCUUUAGUAAAGUUUUGUCUCUAUUUGUAAUCUUUGAUGUAUUUUUAGAUUUAAAUAAGAUCAGUACUUAAAGACCACAGAAAUUCUUUACAUUAAUGACCUGUUAGUUAAUAUUUAAUGUAGACAAUGGAGAUCUAAAUAUCAUUUGUGAAUAUGGGGGUUUGUUGUUUUCAUCUUCUUGGUUAAAAAAUUACCCAGGGUACUGUUACCAUGAUAGGACCAUUAGAAGCAAUCUGUUACUAGUAACCACGUCAUAUAUUAUAAUUACAUCGCUAAGACCCUUCAUGUGGUCUCAUGAGAAUAGCAUUUGAACAGCCUGGUGAAGUUUUACUUUUGAAACACAUGUAGAUAAUGCAGUGUUACUGUAACCAUGUGGUUUUUAGAAGAUAAAUAUUUGAAUCUUUUUACAAUGGUUUUAUGAAGCAUAGAUCACGUUUAUAGUCAUAUAAAUUUCAUUGGAAAUAUGUAGAUCAUCUUAUAUCAGAGAGUUAUAAAAUAUAAAUUAUUUAUAGUUUUGUGGUUAUAUCAAGAAACCAUACAUUAUCUGACAUGAUUGAAUAAAGCCAUAUAGCUAGUCAUGUGAUAUGUGUGUAGAACCAUUUUUAAGGUGGUGUACUGUAUGAAUGUUUGUGAUUUGGUCUAAUAAGUUAUUUAUGUGUUAUUGAGAAGCAUAAUCAUUUAAGUUGCUAUUAGAUGUCUAUUGAUAAUAAAAAUGUUAAAAACCCGAA